AUGGAAAGGGGGGCCCGCGCUGGGAUAUGCCCAGGCGCGGGCGAAAUCGCUGGAGCGCUGAGGCAGUCGCGCGCGGCUAAGUCCCCACUGCAAGGGCGGGCUAGCGGCGCGCGCCCGAAAACCGCCGGCGCCGGCGCGCUGAGGCACUCGCGCGCGCCUAAGUCCCCACCACAGGGGCCAGGCUAGCAGGCGCGCGCAACGACCGAGGCGCCCCUGUCGAGCUGAGAGUGGACUCUUCACACAUCGUCACCUCCAAAUUCGUCUGGAAGACCAAGCGCAACGCAAGCGGUGAAGUCACGGGGCGGAAGGCACGUCUUGUAGCGCAGGGUAACCGACAGCGCGACGGCAUCGACUUCUCAGAAACCUUCGCACCCGUCGCCCGUUUCUCCUCCAUUCGCUGCCUCCUGGCUCUUGCCGCUGCCAAUGGCUACCACGUUCAUCAGGCCGACAUCGACAAGGCUUACCUCCACGGCGAGCUCGAUCAUGAUAUCUGGAUGACGACACCACGCGGUUUCGACUUCCCGAGCGAUAAGGUUCUCCGGCUGCGACGCUCAAUCUACGGUCUCAAGCAGGCCGGUCGCAUCUGGAAUCGUCACAUUGACACAUCACUCAGGAAUCUGGGGUACAAGGCAACAGGCACUGAUCACUGCAUUUACUCUCGCAUUGACGAUCAGCAGCGGCCUCACUAUAUCGCCUUGUAUGUCGACGACCUCCUCAUUGUCAGUCCAGCCCUCGACGAGAUCGAACGUGUCAUCUCCGGCCUUGAACAGCGGUACGGCGUCAAACGACUCGGCCCCGCGGAGUACAUCCUCGGAAUCCAAAUACGCCGCCUGGACGACGGUUCCAUUGCUCUAUCCCAGGAGCGCUACAUCAUGGACGUGCUGGCCCGUUUCCACUUCGACACCACGACACGCGGCACUACGGUGCCGAUGACGCCCGGCCUCUCGCUCACGGCAAUUCCGGGUCAGGGAACGGAGCGCAUUCGUUCGUGGUACCUACAGGCCAUCGGCUCCCUCCUCUACAUCUCCCUUGGCACUCGACCCGACAUUGCCUUCGCCGUCUCGUACCUGUCCCGGUUCGCCAACAACCCCGGCCGCCGCCAUUGGAUUGCCGUCAAACACGUCCUUCGCUACCUUCGCGCCACGUACCGCGAUGAGCUUCUCUAUGCCCGCGGCCCAGCAAAAGUCACGGGUGUGGUUGGUUAUUCUGAUGCGAACUGGGGCGCCUGCGUCGACACAUCCAUUUCAACGAUGGGCUACGUAUUUUACUUGGCAGGCGCCGCUGUCUCUUGGUCGUCGAAGCGUCAGACUCGGGUAGCGGAUUCCACCACUGAUGCCGAGUACCUGGCCUUGUCGCACGCGGGUAAGGAAGCGAUCUACCUUAACCAACUCCUCUCCGAGCUCCACGUUUGCCCAAUCGCUGCAGCUCACAUCUUCACCGACAACGAGGCCGCGGCCGCCGUCGCUCACGACCCCGUUCGCACCUCCGGCACCCGGCACAUUCGCCUCCGCGAGCAUUUUGUCCGUGACAUGGUCAAUCGAGGUGAUAUCUCUCUCUCACACGUUGGCACAGCAGACAUGGUUGCGGACGUAUUCACCAAAGCGCUAGGCCCCAAGAUUUUUGGUACACAUUGCUAUGCUCUAGGCCUCCGGACGCGACAUCCACGGCUCAAGUCUACCUCGCGUUCGCGUGGGGGGGGUGUGAGGAAUCCACUCUCCGCUCGGCUCAGGACUUAGGCGCGCGGAGCGAACCGGGCGCGGACUUAGGCGCGCGGAGUGAGCCGGGCGCCCCGGCCCAGGACUUAGGCGCGCGAAGCGAGCCUGGGACUUAGGCGCGCGGAGCGAGCCUGGGCCAUUGGCUCUGUUGAACUUCGCUCCAUCUCACUUCUAGGACAAUAUGCGCUCACUGAAGUAGAGGUGCCUCGCCUUUUGGUGCAGUGGUAUAUUGUUCCUUCAUAGGCUCAGCCCCAGGCUCGCUGGCUGUGGACUUGGGGCGCGCGGGUCUCUUAUUGUUAGCUGUUGAACUUCGCUCCAUCUCACUUCUAGGACAAUAUGCGCUCACUGAAGUAGAGGUGCCUCGCCUUUUGGUGCAGUGGUAUAUUGUUCCUUCAUAUUAGCUUCCUAUUCAUCACUCUUGGCUAUAACUACAUCGCUGACGUAGUAGAGUUGAUCGAAUAGGUAUGUUGAAAUGCAUUUAUCACUCUUGGCUAUAACUACAUCGCUGACGUAGUAGAGUUGAUCGAAUAGAGCGAAAGAUUUGCUCGUGGUCGCGGAUCGACUAUAUUCUUGUCCAAUGCAGUUGGGCGAACCGGUUGUUGAGCGCUUCUACGCUCUUCGAUGCGCCCUGUUCGGACCACAGACCUGUAGUUGCGACUUUCGCUUUGCCUACAUCGAACGCUGAUGCCGAACCCCCCCUUUCUCUUCCCUCCACGAGCGAUUUCAUUUCGAGGCUCAACCCAAUGGUCUUUGACGAUCAAGACUUUGUCGCAUCGAUUCCCGGGGUCGUCAACGAGGUCUAUCGAAGGCUCGAGGGGACCACUCCGCUCGGCGACGUCUAUGACGCCGCUCUGCGGGCGGUUGCAGUCGCUGGCCAUGCACGAUACCGCUCGACUUGUGCCGACAUGCGCCAACUGCGGGCCGAGAGCCAAUCCGUCAUGGAGGCUUUGGAGGCACGCGGUGAGCACAUGAAUGAGGCCGAGCGCGAUGCGUAUGCUCUUGCCAAGUCGCGGUUGGACCAGUUGGCAGUAAAGGAGGCUCAGUGGCUGCGCAUUCGUGCGCAUGUGCCGUCAGUCGACUCGAGGGAAGGUCAAUCGGCAAGCAUUCGCAUGCGCCUCAACCGCCGGAGUCGCCAGACGAGCAUCGUCUCGCUGGAGGAUGUGGAUGGCACCGAGACCGUUGACAUGCAGGAGGCGCUGGGUAUUGCUUCACGGCACGCGCAGUCGCUCUUCACGCCGGACCCAGCUCGUGGCGACCCGACGAACGCACACCGGUCCCUGCUCAACCCUAUUCGCGCAGCGAAAUGCUACGAUGACGACCGCUCGGACCCUACGUUCGGUCGUCGGCUGCCUCGUCAAGCGAGAGUGGCGCUUGACGAGCCCUUCACCCUCCUCGAGAUUGAAGCGGCGUUGAAGAAGACGGAUUCGGGGCGAUCACCGGGGCCCUCGGGCAUUCCGUACGAGCUCUUCAAGGCGCUGCCAACCUACUUUGCUCCCAAGCUGUUGGACUUGUUCAACUCGAUUUGGGAGGGCGGCAAAAUGAUGGCGUCCUUGGCAGAGGAGCUGGUGCGUGACAGGCAACGUCGGAGGGGAUGA